GAAUAUUAUUUCACACCAAUCAACUCCGUUCAAUUCAUGACAACAAAUCUUUUCAAGGAUAAAAAACUCUGCAGUUAAAUAUGACUGUCAAUCAAUUAUUCUACAAAAAGAAGACUCUCUUUCUUCUUCUUCUUCUUCUUGAUUUGGAUCUCUAAAUCACCAAUCCCCCAUGUUCAGAUUUAUAAUUCACUCUUAAACACACCCUGUAACCAAUCUUUGAUCCCCACAAAUAAAUAUUAUUAAAUAAACGAUUAUAUUGGUGUUUAAGCUUCUUUGAUUAAACCCCUUCAAGAAACCUGAAGACUCUAAGAGUCUGUCAUAAAAACUUAAAUAGAAAAGAGACAACAAGACGAAGAAAGGUGUUCAAAGAUGUCUCGUCUCGACGACAUACCAUCAAGCCCAGGCAAGUUCAAGAUUGACAAAUCUUCUUACUUCAACCGUCUCAGGUUUCAAUCAUCUCCCACCAAGUUCGCAUUCGUCUCCUUCCUCCUCCUCUGUCUCAUCUCUUUACUCUUCCUCCGAUCUCCAUCGUCCGUUAACCCCUCCCUGUCCGACCCAUCUCGCCGCUCACUCCGAACCUUCACCUACGGAGGACCCGCUUGGGAGAAACGCAUCCGAGCCUCUGCUCGAACCCGAACCUCAAGCAACGGAAUGACCGUCUUAGUCACCGGAGCAGCCGGUUUCGUCGGUACACACGUCUCCUCCGCCUUAAAACGCCGCGGAGACGGCGUCAUCGGCCUAGACAACUUCAACGACUACUACGACCCUUCUCUGAAACGUGCGAGACAAGCUUUGCUAGAGCGAAGCGGCGUCUUCAUCGUGGAAGGAGACAUAAACGACGUCGAACUCCUCCGUAAGCUCUUCAAGAUCGUCUCCUUCACUCACGUUAUGCACUUAGCCGCUCAAGCCGGAGUUAGAUACGCAAUGGAGAACCCUAGCUCCUACGUUCACAGCAACAUCGCUGGACUAGUCAACCUCCUUGAGGUCUGCAAAGCGGCUAACCCGCAACCAGCUAUCGUCUGGGCUUCCUCUAGCUCCGUCUAUGGACUCAACACGAAAGUACCCUUCUCCGAGAAAGACAGAACAGACCAACCGGCGAGUCUCUACGCCGCCACGAAGAAAGCUGGUGAAGAGAUAGCUCACACUUACAACCACAUCUACGGGCUGUCCCUUACAGGACUAAGGUUCUUCACCGUGUACGGACCAUGGGGAAGACCAGACAUGGCUUACUUCUUUUUCACUAAAGACAUUCUCAAAGGGAAGUCCAUAUCCAUCUUCGAGUCAGCGAACCACGGGACGGUGGCUAGAGACUUCACUUACAUAGACGACAUCGUGAAGGGAUGCUUAGGGGCGCUUGAUACGGCGGAGAAGAGUACAGGAAGCGGAGGGAAGAAGAGAGGUCCGGCGCAGUUGAGAGUGUUUAACCUCGGGAACACCUCGCCGGUGCCGGUUUCCGAUCUGGUGAGUAUACUGGAGAGGCAGCUGAAAGUGAAGGCCAAGAAGAACUUGAUCAAGAUGCCACGAAACGGCGACGUUCCCUUCACUCAUGCUAAUAUCAGCUUAGCUCAACGUCAGCUUGGGUAUAAACCGACCACGGAUUUGCAGACCGGGUUGAAGAAGUUCGUGAGAUGGUACCUGAGUUAUUACGCCGGCGAGAAGAAAGCCGCCGCGAGAUGAUUUCGUGUUUUGUUUUUGAGUAAUUAUAUUUAAUUAAUUUAUGUUACUUGUAUGGUACGUAACUGUUGUAGUAAAUUUGAUUCAUCUCCUGUCAAAUAAAACAAUGUUAAUUUUCCAACA